GCGGAGAAACAGGCAGAUCUCCUGGCUGACGAGGUCUCCAAAUUCGUUGAGGCCGUGAAUGCAGCCACAAGCGCCAAGCCUGUUAAUGACGUCCAGUGUCGUCAGCUGUCGCAGAAAAUUCCCUCCGUCCUGGACAGUGUCGUUUUGGAAGAUGCACGCAAGCUGUGUGCGCAGACGAAGCAGGCCGGCGCUGGUGACUACAUCGUCCACGUUUUUAAGGCAGAGUCUAAUGCCAAGGCUAUAAAUGCGGCCCUGAAGGAGAUGGAGAAGGCGCUGCCGGCGACCGCAGUCAUGGCGCUCUCCGUCGACAAGACCGCCAAUAAAGUCCUCUGCCUGUCUCAAGUUCCAAAGCCCCUGAUUGCCCGCGGCCUGAAGGCCAAUGAAUGGGUUAGCAGCGUGUCGGCAAAAAUUGGUGGCAAGGGUGGUGGAAAAGAGGCGUCCGCUCAGGCCACCGGAUCGGCUGCUAGCUGUCGCAUCGAGGAGGUGGUCCAAUUGGCCCAGUCUUUUGCCACUUCCAAGUUGGCUGCUCCUGCCAAGUGA